CGCAUAAUGUCGGACGAAGCGCGGCUCAUGGCUCGCUUCGUGCGGCCCAUUUACGAGGCUAUUGACAACCGCCAGUACAAGAAUGCCAUAAAGCUAUGCGCACACAGGCGUGUGGCACAUUUGGACAUCGUCCAGGUGCUCAAGGCGCACUGUCUGGAGCGCACUGGCCGCGUGGAGGAGGCGCUUGACAUUUGUCGCCGUAUCCAGCUCAAACGGCCCACGGAUGAGACGCUGCUCAACACCAUGAACCUCGUCUUCAAAUUGGGCGGUUGUGAUCACGAAAUGCUGCCUACUUUCGAGCACGCCUGCACUGUAAGCAACCCACCCAACGAGGAGCUCUUCCAGUCACUAUUCGUGGCUUAUGCACGCCGCGGUGCAUUCCUUAAGCAACAGCAGACGGCGCUGAAGAUGUUCAAAGCCUUCGGCAACAUUAAGUACGUGUGCUGGGCAGCGCUCAGUAUGAUGCUGCAGGUGGAACAUGGCGGUACUCCAGCUCGUAUGCUAGCGCUGGCUGAGAAGAUGCUGCUUAAGACACUGCGCGAGUCUAAAUCGGACAACGGUGAGGCGCUGCAAUUGACGGUAUUGAUUAUGCAGCUACAGGACAACCAUCAGGGCGCACUGGAAGCUUUCGACGAGUUUAUUAAGGUGGAUGACGGCAAGAAGAAGAAGAAGACGAAGGUGAAGCUGGGACGUGCUGCCGAAGGCGAAGGAGCAUACGACGAGGAGAUUGAACUGGGACCCAUGCAGACUAUUGACAGGUUGUCGCUGGAGGCUACAUUGGCGAAGAAUGUGGCGAACUGGACGCGCUGUGCAUCGGUGAACCGGAAGCUUCUUGAGGAAUACAACGCCGAUGAUUGGACGUUUUUGAAGGAAUACAUCGCUGCUCGAUUCGAAGAAAAGUCGGACUGUAAAGCAGAGGAGUUGCUGGCAAUUGGACAAAAAAUUACCGAAUUUUUGGAGGAUCUGGGGGCUCGUCCGGGCAAUGAACGCAUUCGAGGCCCCGCUCUUGCUCGUAUCCAAGUCAAUAGCGAGACUUUGCGUCGUUUAAAAACUGAGGAAGCAGCUGUAUCGCAAGUGGAGUUAAAGCUGCAAGAGGCCAUCGUUGCCUACGCGGAUCGAUUUUACUCCAAGGCGUGCUGCUUUACUGAUCUAAAACAGUACUUCACUCUCUACCUGAAGAAGACGACGUUAGUGUCGACGUCUGCGAAAACGAACUUGAUCCAGCACUUCAUUAAACUAUCAGAAGAGUCUGCAGGUUUGCUGAAGAACAAGCCGGCGGGUGACGACGUUGACAAAGAGGCUCGCAAAGCCGGACAAGGAAAUUUGAGCAAGCGCCUGCUUGCACUGAAGACCUUGCGCUUCUUGGGCUACUAUGGAGACUCGAACAAGUUCUCGGUUGGCGAUUUGGACCACUUAGUGAAGGAGCUUGAAGAGGAGUACGAAGCUACGAACUGGCUCAACAUUGGCAGUGCCGGCGGCCAGCGUGAGGUGCAGCUUACGGACGACUUGUUGCUGCUUGCUUCGCACUUUUUGCUGGAUAUUUAUCAGCGCUCAAGCGGUCAUCGGGAGUACCUGGAACGUGCUGCAGGACUGCUGGAGUACGGACUGGAGAAAAGCGCGUACAAUUUCCAAAUGAAGCUUCUGUUGUCGCGUGUGUACGGCUACUUGGGUGCAGCUGAGGCUAUGCUGAGUCGUCACGCAGAGCUGGAUGUCAAGUACGUUCAGCUAGACUCGCUGUCGUUCCUGGUACUGGAUAAGAUGCUCGACUUGUGUCAAUAUCCAGAAGCGAAGAAGCUACUAAACCGAAUUGAAGGUCUGCACCGCAGUACGGCGAAUGACACGCCUGAUUACAUCGCUCGAGCGUACCGACUUGGUGUUUAUUCGAAGGUGGUGGACAUGUCGUCGUUCCUGCACAAGCGUAUGAAGAAGUCGCACACACUGGCCAUCAGCAAGGGUGAGACGCUGCGUUUUGAGCUGCUAAGCUCUUUGGCUCAAGGACCUACAAAACUUCACGAGUUGGUGAUGUCGUCGAAUUUCGAUGCACAGAUCACGGGACUGGAGAACAUGCUGGUGUCGGAUGGUGCCGAGUUGUCUCGCAACCAGCACCGAGAGGUCAUUGUAGACUGGACUGCUCAGCAGCAGAUCCCGACCGGCGACUGGUUUGCUCAAGAUGAUGCUCCUCUUGUAGAGUGCGAUCGCUCCGCAAACACUGACUCGUCCCUGCUGUGGCUGAAGCUCCGCGUGCUAGUUCCAAAACUACUCAAAAGUCUUGCUGGGGAUGACCACACGGCGCUGGUUGCUAUGACAAAGGAAUACGAAGACAUCACGACUCAACUGCAGCUCACGGGAUCGAGUUCUCGGGAGCCUCAGCUUCACGAGAAGCUCUGGAAAUGGAGCUUGGAGGCUAUUGCUACGUCAGUGAACGUGGUAAAUGCAGUCAACGGCCAAAGCGAAGGUGAGGAGAAGGACUUAUCUGCUGCGAUAUCGCAUCUGCAGGACGACUUUACUGAGAUUGUGGAGCAACUUCGUGCUGGACUAGUGUUUGCUGCUUCUGGUACGAGCAGUGCUGUGGCUCUGUCGCCGUAUGCUGUGUCCACGUUGUCGUCUUUGCUGCUGGACUCUGGUCUCUCGUCGCUCGGUGCGUUGGCUCUCGCUCAGCGCGCGCUGAACAAGAAGAGGAGCAAGAAGAGCGAGCAGCUGUCUACCGCAACGUCCGCACUGCGUAAUCUUCUUAAGCACAUGCAGGAGUCACUGGCCGCAUUGGAGACGCACGUGUCUGAGCUUCAGUUCACGUCGCCCAGCACGUUUGAUGCUUCGUCUUCGCCACUGGAGCAGGCUACGCAGAAGGCACAUUCGAGCGUGGUGAAGUCCUACAAGUCGCUGCAAACGCGACUCAUAGAGCUGCUGGCUGAGCGCUGCACUAGCAUUCGUAGCAUUCUGCAGAAGUAGGGAACUUGAUAGAGCUAAAGAAACUAGAUGCAGUUGAAGUUGAAGUGCA